GGUCAACGGGGAAAAUAAACGAAUUCUCUUGCAAGUUCGCGACCUAUUAUUCACUGCACUUUGCUUCCAUGACUUUGAUUUUCCUGUAUGCCUGUCUAGUUAAUCAUUCUUUGGAUCUAAUAUACACCAAUCGUUUACACCAAAGCUCUUUUCUAUGGCCAAAAUCUCCGCCCUAAAGAACUCCACCCGCUUUCCAAGCAAUCAGAAGCAUGGAUCUCCACAUAGCUUCAAAAAACGUAGGCCCUCUUGGGUCGAUGUAGACGAGCAUCCACAUAAACGCAAAGAGAAUACACCCUUGUGUUCGAGCUCCCAUCAAGGGAAGAAGAAAGCCAGGAGAACAGAAGCUGCCGGUUCUCCAAGUAAAAUACCCAAAAGUCCGACAAUCCAGGAACAACGUGACCAGCUACCGAUAGCGCAGGGUAAGGACGCACUGGUGCGGGAAAUCCAAGAGAAUGAUGUGACCGUUCUAGUUGGAGAGACAGGCUCUGGGAAAACUACUCGUGCAGGUCCCUCAGUAUCUGCUUGAAGCCGGUAUAGCCGGAAAGGGCAUGAUAGCCGUUACUCAGCCUCGCAAAGUCGCAGCAACAUCUCUGGCCUCGAGGGUCGCACAGGAGCAGAAUGUUUCUGUCGGCGGCCUGGUCGGUUACUCUGUUCGAUUUGAUGAAGCAUCCUCCUCAUCUACUCGUAUUAAAUACGUGACGGAUGGUAUGCUCAUCCGGGAGCUAUUAUCCGAUCCAUUGCUCUCUCGCUAUAGCGUCGUCGUGAUCGAUGAGGCGCACGAGCGAACGUUACGAACAGAUCUUCUUCUCGCCAACCUCAAGACCAUUCAGAAAACUCGCAAUGGUUAUACAACAAGAGGGAAGAAAGGGAAAGAGCCCGCCUCGAAGCAGAAUCCGCUGAAGAUCGUAAUCAUGAGUGCCACAUUGGAUGCGGAGAAGUUCAGCAAGUUCUAUGGAAAUGCAAAAAUACUCUAUGUACAAGGUCGUCAACAUCCGGUCACGAUAUACCACACUGCUGCGAGUCAACCAGACUACGUCGACUCUGCCUUGCGGACAUUCUUCCAGAUACACACCGAUAGGCCACCAGGUGACGUCCUCAUCUUCCUACCAGGCCAAGAGGAUAUCGAGAAUUUGGAGAAAUCUAUCAAGCUAUAUGCGGACCGUCUUCCCAAAGAAACAGCUGGAGUUGCAGUAUACCCUAUGUACGCAGCUUUGCCUGCACACCAGCAACAAGCCAUAUUUUCGCCUCCGCCACAAGGGAUGCGAAAGUGCAUAUUGGCCACGAACAUCGCGGAGACAUCUAUCACUAUACCCGGGAUCAAGUAUGUCGUUGACACGGGGAAAUGCAAGGAGAAACGAUAUAUCUCUAGAGAUACCGGAUCUGGUUUUGAUACCCUAUUAACGAGAGAUAUCACUAAGUCCUCUGCGUUGCAACGCGCUGGUCGUGCCGGGAGAGAGGGCCCUGGCUUCUGUUUCCGGUUAUAUACAGAAGAUGCCUUCCAGGCCAUGCCACUGUCGGCUGAGCCCGAGAUUCUUCGGUGUACGCUUACCUCAAGUAUCCUUCAGCUAAAAUGUCUGGGUCAAGAUUUGGAGACUCUUGAUUUCAUGGAUAAGCCAGACGCAGAGUCCAUCGCAUCAGCGCUGGCUACACUGUACCUCUUAGGUGCCAUCGACGACAGCAAAACGCUUACAAAGCUCGGCCGUAAUAUGGCUUUCCUUCCUCUUGAAUCUCCCCUCGCCCGCAGUCUGAUGGCUUCAGUCGAACUGGCAUGUACACUGGAGGUCCUCGAUAUCAUCUCCGUCCUAUCCGCCUCAUCCAAACUUUUCGUCGACAAUACGGAUAAUCGAGAAAUGGCAGUUGAAGCUCGUCGGAAGUUCCGACAUCCAAGCGGGGAUCAUUUGACAGUCUUGAAUAUUGUCAAGUCGUAUGAGGAGAUGAGCGAGAGUCAGGGUAAGAGUGGAAGGAGGGAGUGGUGUAGGAAGCAGCUGUUGAAUGAGAGGUGUCUUAUUGAGGCGUUGGAGAUUAGAGCACAGUUGAGAGGGUCUUGCGAGCGGUUGGGGAUCGAUUGGCACGUUAGCUGUGGUGAGGCGGAGCAGCCGGUGUUGAGGAGCCUGCUUCGUGGGUUGGUGCACCAGGCAGCGUUCUUGCAGCCUGACGGAUCAUAUAAGCAGAUCAUGGGACCUUCGACCGUCAAGAUUCACCCUGGGUCGUCGCUCUGCGAUAAAAAAGUCCCCGCCAUCAUUUAUGACGAAUUGAUUUAUACGACUAACAUAUAUGCCCGAGGUGUUUCUUCUGUGCCACGAAGUUUCAUUGCGGAAGUAUCUGUCCUCAAUCGACGACGAUCCGGGUAAUCCUUGGGGUGUUCAUUGGAGGCGAUCCAGAUCGCGGAUUCAUUCUUGAAUCCAAGAUUCCAACCUCGGCCAUCGCAGCAUGGAUCGCGUACUCCUCUAGUAAUAAUGUUUAAUUCUGCUUUGAAGAGUACGUUACGAGUAUCAGUUUACGAUUGAAAUGCAUGCACAUAUAACAAUACAUUUUUGGACAACGAUCAUUGCGACUCGAUUCAGGCUCGACUACAUGUGUGGAUAAUGUAUAUAUACAUCGUAUAUCGCAACAUCACGGUACAACUCAUGCAAACUUUGGAAGCU